CCUUAGGCUGAAAAUGCCGUCCAAUGGCUCAGUCUCACGUCAUCCCAUCAUCCAGUUCAGAAACUGUCGUAUCCUUCAUCAUCGUCGGAUCAUCCGAGACGACCUGUGGGUGAGGAACGGAGAGAUUUUGAAUCCACGAAAGCUGUUCUGGGAGGAGAAAGGCUAUGCGGAUUACCAGAUAGAUUGCCACAAUGCCAUCAUUGUUCCUGGCUACAUCGAUGUACAGAUCAAUGGUGGUUUUGGUUACGACUUUUCAUCAGAGCCAGAGCUUGUGUCAGAGGGAAUUCAGAAGGUGGCUCAGGGUAUCCUGUCCCAUGGGGUCACUUCUUUCUGCCCCACCCUCAUCACAUCAUCACCAGAGACAUACAGAAAGAUUAUACCACAGAUACACAAAACGGAGGGAUCAGCAGAAGGGGCAGGCAUAUUAGGUAUACAUUUAGAAGGGCCGUUCAUCAGUGUGGAGAAAAGAGGAGCCCACCCCCAGCACCUCGUUCACCCCCUCUCAAGAGGCACCCAAGACCUGUGGGAUGUCUACAGCAAUCUGGAUGAUGUUGCCAUAGUAACGCUAGCUCCGGAGUUGAGUAAUGCCAAGGGUGUAGUCCAGGAACUUGUUAAGAGGGGUAUUACAGUAUCGGUGGGUCAUUCUACAGCUAAUCUAUGUAUAUCAGAGGAGUCCGUCAAUGCUGGUGCUUCAUUUAUUACUCAUCUCUUUAAUGCCAUGCUUCCAUUCCAUCACAGAGACCCGGGUAUAGUAGGUCUUCUGGCUAGCAAUGCUAUCAGUCGCUGUGUCUACUACGGCAUCAUUGCCGAUGGUAUACACACACAUCCAGCGGCUCUACGUAUAGCCUAUCAGACACAUCCUGAUGGUGCUGUCCUGGUAACCGAUGCCUUGUCUGCAAUGGGGCUCCCACCUGGCAGGCAUCAUCUUGGCACCCAACAGCUUGAUGUUAGGGACAAUGCUGCAUAUGUGGCCGGCACAAACACUCUCAGCGGAAGCAUCGCUACCAUGUCAUCUUGUGUACGGUACCUAAAAGAAGCAACCCGCUGCACCACGGUACAGGCCAUCGAAGCUGCAACCCUGCAUCCCGCCCAACUCCUCGGCAUCACAGACAGGAAAGGAACGCUAGACUAUGGCACCGAUGCAGACUUCUUGUUUGUUGAUGACGAUUUAAAUGUUCAAAGGACUUAUAUCGCUGGUGAAAUGGUUUGGGACUCCAAGACGGGUUUCAGGGAUCGAGCCAGCUAGCAAGUAUAUAGUCAGUAUAUUCAAUGUAAAACAGAUUUCAUCCUUUGUCAUGGGUGUGUGUUUAUGAAGUAAAAUAAAGAUAUAUUUUUUAUCAGCUCUUCAAUACUGAAAUAUGUAUAUAGUGUACCAUUGAAUAGGCAACUACAAUGUACUGUAGUUAAUGAGCACCUCAUAAAUGGGAUAUAGCAUUUUUUUUUGGUAAACAUAAUGUGUGCACAUACAUGUACAUGUAGUACUGAUGGCACUCAAGAGUUUGGACACAGAAAAGUUCUGUUUCUUUGAUAUUUAAAAUUUCAUUGGAAAUUUUUGCUGCUUAAUUUGGUGGAAUAAGAAACUUGUGCAUGCAUCUCCUUUGUUCAAAUUACAUGUACAUUGCAAAGAGGAUGUGAAGUUCUUGCCAUUUGCUACAUGUACAGCAGUUCUGUUUCCCAUUGGUUACGCUAUGUGUUCACUUGGUCUUCAAGCAAAUGGUCUAACUCUCAUUUAGUCCAAUGCUCAGUUGGUCCAAUUUUCUCUUUGUCUACUUAUUAUUUUUUUAUUUUAUCACAUGAAAUUUUGGUCUGUAAAAUGUUCAUUAACCACAUACAUGUAGACUCAGUGGUGUUUGAUAGACCAAGAAGGUACUCGACUAUUAAAACUGGAAUAGCUGGAAAUUAGACAAAAUGGCAGAUGGUCUAAAUGGCCAUUAGAACAGAUUUUUUUAUAAAUAAUUUUGUUUUCAUUGAAAAGAAAUCAUGAAAUUCACAAUAUUUACAAAUAAUUUUUGCAUGGUUAGAGUGUAAAAUCAAAGAAACAAAGAUGUUAUAAAACGAAAACAUAUGAAGAAAUAGCAGAACAAAGACUAAAAACACCUCGAAAGCAGAAAAAAAAUCAUUCAUUCAAAAAACAAAGAGAAACAUAAUUUUGUUUUAAAAAAAUAGUCAAGAGGACAACUAAUGUGCAAGGUUAAAAACAAGGUUCCAAAUAAAAAACUACCUUAUGUGAUACACUAUAACCAAAAUUAACAAGUACAGGCAGUGCAAUCUUUUACAUUACUUCCUAAUAUCAACCUUAGAAGAGACUCAAAUAAAAAUUCUCUAAACACUAUCUAAAUCUCAGCAGUCGUUUUUUUUUAACCAGAAAAGAUGAAAUACGAUACCACAGUGGACUGUGAUGUGGCAAAAAUUAAUGUCCAGCAUUUACAAGAGUCCGAAUUGUUGCAGGGUUUUAAGUGGGCCAGGAGAUUCCUUUCCACCAUCUUUAUACUUGAUGACCCUUGGUACACUCCAAGGGAUAGAGGCAAAUUUGCCUUCAUUUCUCAUCUGCUUUACUUACCAGACCAUGCCAUGGUGCUGCUCAUAUGUGGCACUGUGUAUGUCAUCGGAUAUGAAUAUGUGUUGAUCUUGUAUCUCUAGGUUCUUGGUCUGUGCAGCGCCCUUGAGUACUGACUCUCAAUCUCGGUAACUAAGAACCGGUUGAGGCUUUCCAUUGGCGUUGCUUAGUAAGGCUGGAGGUCUAGCCAUUGGGGUCCUGUGAGCUCUCUCUAUCUCCAUACUGAAUUGGAUUUUAGCCUGUCUUUAUAGAGGAUUUAUUUAUUUAUUUUGCAUAUUUAAAAAGGAUAGCCCGAGUCAGCAUUUGCUGGUUUUCAUCGGAGGCCCUUAAAAAAUAGUACAUUACCACAUUGCAUUAAUACAUCAUUAUUUACUAAGGAAACAUAAUACUGUUUGGAUAAUACAAAGCAAGGAUAAAGGAAUAACACUGAAUAUGUGUAAAAACAAUUAAAAACUGAAACCCUACAAGAAUAAACAAUAACACACCUUACAUCCUAAAUACCAUAAAAAUUCAUACCGAAAUAAUCCAUAUAAAGGAGCGUUAGAAUUUUACAAAUUUGAAAAGCAUGUAGACAGUAUGAAAUAUCACAAAAGAAAGUCAUUGGAUAAUAAUAGUCUUGCCUUCAGUUAAUAAUUAUGACAGGGAAAAUGAUUAAAAUUUAUAUCUCACAAGUUGAAGGCCUAUGGAUCAUCUGGGGCUCGUUUCAUAAAGGACUUGCAACUGUUGUAACUUUGCCAUUAUGGCAACUACAUGUACAUGUACCAUGGAAACCUUGAUUGUGAUUGGCUGUUGAGCCCUGUUACCAUGGUAGUUGCCAUUAUGGCAAAGUUACAACAGUUGCAAGUCCUUAAUGAAACGGACCCUGUGUCAGUGCUAUGUUGAGCCCUGUAUGCCGACUGAUGUGUAUCCAUGAGCUGAUUGGACAAGCUAUUUUGAAACAGUGGUUUCAAUAAGCUUGCCCAUAUAUCUGAUAUUCAAAACUGGCCGAUAAUUCCAAGCUCCUCCUUGUUCAUUGACAGUUUCUCUCUUUGUCAACAGCAGUAUUCCAUGAAUUCUAUGUUUCUUGGGUUCAUCACUUUGUAGAACCUGAAAAGUACAAAUGAAUACAUUAGAGACCAUUUAGUGUAUCUACGCUGCAAAUAAGCUUGAGCUUAAACACAAAAGAAAAACUCCAUUAAAUGUUUAAUCUUUCACCUUUACUUCUUUGCAAAAUGUAUCUAUUUAUGUUGAAAUCUUGUACUGAUAUACUAUUUCUGUUUUCUGCCCAAAGAAUGUAAAGAAAUAAGCUUUAACUG